UACCUCUUGGGUUCUCUCUCUCUCUCUCUCUCUCUCUAUCUAUAUAUAUAUAAGUUGGAGCCAUGGUUGUUCUAAAUAAGCAGUGCAUAUAAUUCAGAAAGAGGAGAUUUGUUUUCACAGAGGAGGAGAGAUGACAAGCCACUGCAAUGGCAACAUGGACUCUUUUGUAAAGGUGCCAACCAUAAAGUUCACCAAGCUCUUCAUCAAUGGAGAAUUUGUUGACUCCAUUUCAGGAAAAACAUUUGAGACGAUAGACCCAAGAACGGGGGAGGUGAUUACGAGGGUGUCGGAAGGUGACAAGGAAGACGUUGACUUGGCCGUGAAGGCAGCUCGUCAAGCUUUUGACAAUGGUCCAUGGCCCCGUUUACCCGGCAGCGAGAGAGGAAGGAUUAUGAUGAAAUUCGCGGAUUUGGUUAACCAACACGUGGAAGAAUUGGCAGCAUUGGAUACGAUUGAUGGUGGGAAAUUGUUUGGUUCAUGCAAGUCUAUGGACGUUCCAGGGGCAGCAAAUUGUCUACGAUACUAUGCGGGGGCGGCGGACAAAAUUCAUGGGAAUGUGUUGAAAAUGUCACGCGAGUUUCAUGGGUAUACAUUGCGUGAGCCAAUUGGUGUGGUAGGACACAUCAUUCCUUGGAAUUUUCCCACCAUCAUGUUCUUUGGAAAGGUUAGCCCUGCCUUAGCCGCUGGGUGCACCAUGGUCCUCAAGCCUGCUGAGCAAACACCACUUUCCGCUCUCUAUUAUGCUCAUCUUGCUAAGUUGGCUGGCAUCCCUGAUGGAGUGCUAAAUGUCGUAACGGGGUUUGGACCAACCGCUGGUGCUGCCAUAAGCUCUCAUAUGGACAUUGAUGCGAUAAGUUUUACUGGCUCCACGGAAGUCGGGCGAGAAAUAAUGCAGGCUGCAGCAAAAAGUAACUUGAAAACAGUCUCACUUGAAUUGGGAGGUAAGUCGCCCCUUGUAAUUUUUGAUGAUGCUGAUGUAGACAAAGCUGCUGGGCUUGCUCUUUUGGGCAUCCUUUAUAACAAGGGAGAAAUAUGUGUGGCAAGUUCUCGUGUUUUUGUUCAAGAAGGGAUUUAUGAUGAAUUUGUGAAGUUGUUAGUGGAAAAGGUGAAAGCUUGGAAAGUUGGGGAUCCUUUUCAUCCUAAAACUCAACAAGGUCCACAGGUUGAUAAGAAGCAAUUUGAGAAGAUCCUUUCCUACAUAGAGCAUGGGAAGAGACAAGGAGCAACCUUGCUAAGUGGUGGUAACCCAUUGGGGGACAAGGGGUACUAUAUUGAGCCAACCAUUUUCACUGAUGUCAAGGAGGACAUGCUAAUAGCAAAGGAUGAAAUAUUUGGGCCUGUAAUGGCACUCAUGAAGUUUAACACAAUUGAUGAGGCGAUUAAGAAGGCCAACAACACUACAUAUGGGCUUGCAGCAGGUAUCGUGACCAAGAACUUGGAUGUGGCCAACACUGUGUCGAGAUCAAUUCGUGCUGGGGUCAUUUGGAUCAAUUGCUAUUUGGCUUUCGAUCAAGACUGCUCUUAUGGAGGGUAUAAGAUGAGUGGAUUUGGAAGAGAUUGUGGUUUGGAAGCCCUCGACAAGUAUCUUCAUGUUAAAUCUAUUGUGACUCCCAUUUACAACUCUCCUUGGCUUUGAACCAUUAAUAUUGCUUCUUAUCUGGCAAAUGGGGAUGGAUGAAUCCUCUUGAGCAAAUUAUAUAUGACGCAAUAAAAUUAUGUAUUGCAUUCCUGGCUCCAAUUCAAAUUAUAUACUAUUAUGGUUUU